AGUCACGUGUUUAUUGUGAAGAUGGCGUCUCCGAAUGGAGGUGAUGACUUUGAAACCUCUUUGUUGAGCUUUGAGAAGCUUGACAGAGCGUCCCCAGACCUUUGGCCAGAACAGUUGCCUGGAGUUGCAGAAUUUGCUGCGUCUUGUAAAAAUCCUAUCACUAAUUCACCACCAAAAUGGAUGGCUGAGCUGGAAAGUGAGGACAUAGAAAUGUUAAAAGAACUGGGUAGUUUGACCACAGCAAACUUAAUGGAGAAAGUCAAGGGACUACAGAAUCUUGCCUACCAGCUGGGUUUAGAGGAGUCCAGGGAAAUGACCAGGGGGAAGUUCCUGAACAUCUUGGAGAGGCCCAAGAAAUGACAAGGUUAUGUCUGCAAGCAACUAGAGACUAGGAACUCCACUUUGAAUCUGAUCUACACUGUUGUGUGGAACAUGUUUGCAACAGAGUUCAGACUUUGCAUUCAUAAAUGUAAUGAAGCAAAAUGAUCUGUGAUGAUAGCAGAGGCUCCAGACCACCUAAAGCGAUCUAAAAUGAGUACUUUUCAUUAACUGCAGCUUGUUAGCCUGCCUUGAUUAAAUGUUACCUAUUUAUUCUUCUUUCUACUUUAAACAUGAUUUAUCCUACAUUUUUGCAGUUUGUUAAGUUGUAUAAUAAAGUUUUAAAAUGAAAAGUU